GCCGGGAUGCCAGAUUCGAAGGUCACAAUCAGCGAGUGACCCGGCGACGGCUCGCCCCAAGGAUGGCUAGGCAGCGAGCGCUGAGGCGCUGCCUGCAGCUGCUGACGCCCCGGGCGGAGCCGGCGCGGCUAGCCCGGGGGCGGAGAAACCCGGGCGUCAGCCGCCGCGGCCCCUCCCGCUGCGCCGGGGCGCUGUGCCCGGAGGCUCUGUGGCUCGAAGCCGAGGAACAGCCGCGGCAGCGGCGGCGGCAGCGCGCGCGCCAGGCCGCCCCCAGCACGAGUUCUUCACCAAAGGACAUGGAUGAAAAUGAAAACAACCAGUCCCUGGUGACUAGCAGCCAAUAUCCUAAAGAAGCAGUAAGAAAAUGCCAAAAUUCAGCACAGAAUUCUGGAGGAAGUGAUUCUUCUAGGUUUUCUAGGAAAAGCUUCAAACUGGAUUAUCGACUAGAGGAAGAUGUAACCAAAUCGAAGAAAGGAAAAGAUGGGAGAUUUGUUAACCCUUGGCCAACAUGGAAAAAUCCCUCAAUUCCAAAUGUUCUCAAAUGGCUGAUAAUGGAGAAAAAUCAUAGUAGCAUUCCACAUUCUAAAGAGGAACUUGACAAAGAACUCCCAGUGCUAAAGCCGUAUUUUGUCGCUGACCCCGGAGAAGCGGGAGUGCGGGAAGCUGGCUUACGAGUCACGUGGCUGGGGCAUGCCACGGUGAUGGUGGAGAUGGAUGAGCUCAUAUUUCUUACGGAUCCCAUCUUUAGCUCUCGCGCCUCACCAUCCCAGUACAUGGGUCCAAAGCGCUUUCGGCGUCCCCCGUGCACAAUAAGUGAACUCCCCCCGAUAGAUGCGGUCCUCAUCAGUCACAACCACUAUGACCAUCUGGACUACGGUUCUGUCAUUGCUUUGAAUGAGCGAUUUGGUAAUGAAUUGAGAUGGUUUGUGCCUCUGGGUCUCCUCGACUGGAUGCAAAAAUGUGGCUGUGAGAAUGUGAUUGAGCUGGACUGGUGGGAGGAGAAUUGUGUCCCCGGACAUGAUAAGGUCACCUUUGUCUUUACACCUUCCCAGCACUGGUGUAAAAGGACUCUAAUGGAUGACAACAAGGUUCUGUGGGGCAGUUGGUCUGUCUUGGGGCCUUGGAAUCGAUUUUUUUUUGCAGGAGAUACUGGUUAUUGCCCUGCUUUUGAAGAGAUAGGAAAAAGAUUCGGACCUUUUGACCUUGCAGCUAUUCCCAUUGGAGCUUACGAACCAAGGUGGUUUAUGAAAUAUCAGCACGUAGACCCAGAAGAAGCUGUGAGGAUUCACAUUGAUGUCCAAACAAAGAAAUCUGUGGCAAUUCAUUGGGGAACUUUUGCCUUAGCAAAUGAGCAUUACUUAGAGCCUCCAGUGAAACUGAGUGAAGCUCUAGAAAGAUACGGACUUAAGACUGAAGAUUUUUUUAUCUUGAAGCAUGGAGAAUCAAGAUACCUAAAUACAGAUGAUGAAAACUUUGAAUAAAUAUGAGCACAGAUGCUUUUAAUGAAAAAGGCAUCAUCUGAUAUAAAUUUGAAAACAAAUGAAGACUAAGAAAUUUAUGAAUAUUAUGAUUUUUUACAUUUGGAAAGAACUUCUGCAAGUUUGAGUUUUAUGUUUUGUGUAAUAAUUUGCUUACCAAUAUGAUUACCAUCUCAAACUAUGAAAGAAGGAUUUAGGGUGGGUUAUUUAAAUAAUGAAUUGGCUAAUGUGGAUUUUAAAUCUUGUAUCAUGGUAUAAACAUUGCAAAGGAAAUUUUUUACUAAAGCAUUCUACUUUUGUGGUAGUAGAAUUUUCUGGGGUUAUAAAAAACUGAU